AAACUACCGAGAGGCUACGGAAAUCCCUAGAUGAAGCAUACGACGAUCAGUCCGAUUCGUGCUGCUGGCAAAGUUUGGUUGAGGGCGAGGAGGGAAAUGGGUGGAUAUGUAUCUAUAAUAGAGCAGUCCUGCGUUUCGAGUCGGAGAGCGACGAACAGCACCAGAGCAAUAAUGCUGGCCGCCAUAAAGGGGCUCACUCAACUCGAAAUUCGCGCGAGACACGGUCACACGCGCUUCUGGAAUUAACGCCCCUGAAUCUCCUCUUGCAGGCAUAAGGUCUCGUUGAAGUCAAGAAGACGGUCCGGCGACGACUGGCAACCAUGUCUCUGAACGGACUGGAUGCGCCAGAAGUGCAGCAGGCCUACCAGGCUACCCUGAGCGAGGCUGGAGGAUGGUUUCUUGUGAAAUACACCUCUCGCGACGAGGUCACCCUGCUUGGCAGUGGGCAAGCAGGCUUGAGCGAAGCAAGAACAGCGAUCUUGCAAUAUGAGGAAUUGUCGCCUCUGUACGGGCUGGUUGUCUACCGGCGCCGCAAGGUUCUCGUCAAAUAUGUGCCUGAAGGAACAUCGCGGCUACUGCAAGCGCGGACAACGGUACACCUCCGGGAUGUGCAGGACAAAUGGGCGCCGUACGAAACGAUGCUCGAUAUUGCGACGGCCGACGGGCUGAACGACACGGCUCUGGCAGCGGCCUUUCCUCUUCACACCGCCUCACCCGCACUGUCCAGCAAUCAUCUGAAUGAGAUCACCGAGGACAGCGAGGAUGGCGAUGCCGCCCCUAAGCCGCUGACCCACACUCCGUCCAUCUCGUCGGUGUCAAGUAGAAAACCUACGCUCGAGAAGCGACCUCCUUCCCAGCGUUCCUACCGCUCUCCCUCCUUUACGAGCGUUCAGUUCGCCGGCGACCACUCGCCAGUCCUGAAGCACAAAUCGUCUUUGUCGCAGUUUCUGGUCCUGGAAGAGCUGGGGCACAAAUCAGUUACGCAGCUGAACGGAUAUUCGCCGGCGGAAGAUACUGCUUCGCUCAAGGACGACGCUGCCUCGAUAACGAGCACCCGUACGGAAACGGCUGUUCCGUUGACCUCUCCUGUGCGGACACAUACCAAUGAGUCUGCUGAUUACGACUUGGAAAGAUAUCUUGAUUCGUUCUUCAAACCAAAGAUCAAGCUUGGUCCGCGUCCGGUGAACGUCGCAGAGAAAGGCAAGCGCACCACGGCAUCCGCGCCUGUAUCGAGCCUUCCUGCUGGAGUUCAGUCCAGGGCAAAGCAGCCUCUGUCACACCCGCAACCACAGUAUCCUGCGACUCGUAAUCGUCUCACCGACCACGCCCCUUCCGGUACUUCAGCGCCACCAAGGCUGCCCUCUCUACAUUUUUCACCUCAAAUACCCGACAUACCUGAAUUCUUACCGCCUCGCCCCAAUUCAAGAGGCAGCUCUCGCUCGUUACCCGCUCCCCGGGCAUCCAAGGCAUUUUUGACUCCAGAGAAGCAGCGGCUCAUGAAGGCACUAGAAAUGAGAAAGAAGCAGAUGAGAAACUCGGCUUCUGUAGAAUCAAUGCCUCAGUUGUCUGCCGCAGAGAUCUCUAGUCCGACUGCUGACAGUUCUGUCAAAACACAAGGGCAGGAAAUGCAGCGGGGUACGGGCGCAAAAAAGGCAGAUUCGGGCAUCGAUAUAGCGCAUUCAUCCACUGCCAAGGAGGUCCUGGCGUCGCAUCCGCAGGAAGAGUUAAAGGAAGUGACGGAAGCACCAUCGGGAUCAUCUAACGCCAAUCUCCAGCCCGUCAUUUCAGAAGAACAAGCAGACACUUUUGCGACAAUCUCGACCAGCCAGCCCGACAUGCCUGAAGUCGCUGGGGAAGCUCCAAUAGACACACCAGUUACGGAUGCUGUUCCUACGUCGAACAUUAUGGAGCCGACAGUCAAGGAAGAGCAAGCAUCAACUAUAGACGCAAUCGAGGCCACUCAGGAUCAGGAGCAUAUCUCUGAGCACGGACCACCCACAGAGUUGGAGGAUUCACUUGCUGACGCCGCCGUCACUGAUUCACAAGCCCAUACCUUCGACGAAUUUGUGACGAUCCACAAGCCGGAAGACCAGACUAUACCCACGAUCUCUGAUGUUCAACCUCAGUCAGAGGUGCAAGACACAAUCCCUACCCUUUCGACAGAGGCAACCCAAGAACACGAUAGUUUUGAGCCAGAGGUUGACCCUACAUCAGAGGACCCACAGAAAAAGCGCCGUAGGGGUCUACUAGAACCUCUUCAAAUCCAAUCCCGCCUCGAACGCCAUACGUCGGAGCACAAAUUCCUCUCCGACGACGAUUUCAUGGACGAACUGCAGACGGCCACUUUUGAACAGGCCACCCCUGUCGCCAUGUCCAAAUCUCCUGCCAGUCCAUUCUUUCCUCCAAGACGCCCAAGCUCGCGUUCCGCCAAGUCAUCCAACUCUGUCACUACCGCCGUAUCUACCGAGUCAGUUCCCCUGGUCCCUUCUGUCAGCGACACCCUGGAAAAGGGUCACAUUCCCCCUGAGUUAUUGCUGCCUUCGUCCGAACCGCAGUCCGGCUUCCCAACCAGAACUCCAUCGGUUUCGUCAGUGAGAACAACGGAUUCUAGCACGCUCAUGCGCAAGUCGAAUGUCUCCUCUGGCAUAUCUGCCAGAAUCGCAGCACUUGCCGAAAAAUCAACACGAGAUGGAAGUCCCCCUGUGGCUCCUGGGUCUCGCAAGCUGUCUGCCAAUUCGACUAUAGCACAGCGCAAGAGCUCAUAUAUCGACCAGUCGGCCGAAAAUCAGGCUGUUCCUGGUGCUGAGAGACGCCCUGUCGGAAAGCUUUCUGCUUGGCAGGCUGCUGCACCCUCCAACCCAUCUCAUCUAAAGACUAGAAAUGCACAGUCAAAUAAUCGCGACUCGGUCUCGGUCACUGCACGCAUCGUCCGUGUUCCUCGUGCGGGCGAGCCCGCGACGUCGCCAGAACUUCAGGCUUCGCCUCUGCUCUUCAACCACCAGCGUCCAACACAAGCCAAUGGCCAUACCCCACUUGCACCCAUUGUCACAAACGGUCUUUCUUCCAAGACUCCCCAAGGCGAACACGACAGUGUCAUGUCUCCGCAGAGCAGAGACGGCAUUGCCUCGCGGGGCUCUGUCGAGACUACGGCUACUGGCAGACGUAAAUCUUUCGACCGCAAGUCGUUCAAGAGCCUGAGUGGCCCUACCAGCCCAAAGAAGAAUUCGUUCAAACACAGUGCGACAAUGCCUCCUCCCGACAACAGCCCUGACAAGACGAGCCGCACUAGCCGGUUCUUCAAGCGCAUCUCUCAUCUUGGUAAGGACAAGAAAAAGAGCGUGCCUCAGGUCCCUACUAUCACCACGACACCUUCCGAGCCCAUGUCGCCGACGUCCACCACACGAUCAGGACCGACUAGCCCUGCAGCUGUCGUCCAGAUUCCGGAACCAAUUCCUCAACCUAAAGUUGAGCUUACAUCUGCCCGAGCCGCCGCCCCCAACCCAGCCGUUUCUGCAAUUGCGGCUUCUAAGCCUCCUCGUCCAGAGUCCAUUGAUGUUCCACCACCAGUUUCGAUUGGAGACUUCAACGUGCAAUUCCCGGACACAAUGCUCUGGAAGAGACGCUGGAUCGAAAUUGACAGCACCGGCCAUCUCAUGUUUACCGCUGCUGCUCGUCAUAGCAGUGUCAGCAAGAACUUCAACUCAAAAUUCCACUUGAAGGACCUUGGUGCUCCUUUCAUUCCCGACAUUGAUCGACAGGAGAUGCCUCACAGCGUGCUAUGUGAUCUCGUCCAAGGAGAGGGCUCCUUGCAAUUCGCCAGCGAAGAUGCCAUGUCGCAACGCCAACUACUGUCUUUGCUCACCACUUACCACCAAGCUUGGACAUCUGUCUAAUUCCCCUGAUUUGGAAUUCGAGCACCACACGAUUUCACCAUGAAUACAUCAAGACGGCACAGGAUAAUGUUGUCCCAUCCAUUCAAUCCUAUUUUCAGCAACCCUUUCUUCGGUCAAAAACACACCCAGUCGCUCCUUCACACACUUUUACUUGUCCGCUUUUAGAUACCCCUUUUUCUCAUUUCUUUUCCUCUUUAUCCCGCAGGUUGCGGUCUUCUAUGUACAAUAAUUCAAGAUGGAGGCUUGCCUCGUAUUUUUCCCACCC